AUGCAUAUGUAUAUGAUGCCCAAUCAUGGUAUGCCAGGAUGCCCCCCUGGACUUGAGUACCUGACACAGAUUGAUCAACUUCUCAUAAAACAGAAAGUCGAACUCAUAGAAGCUUUGGCGGGCUUUGAGAGCAACAACAAGUAUGAGAUCCGUAACUCCAUGGGACAGAACGUGUUCUAUGCUGUGGAGGAAAACGACUGCCUUACUCGACAGUGCUGCGGUCCUUUACGUUCCUUUGUCAUACGGGUUCUCGAUAACUACGGACAGGAAAUCAUAACCAUUCACCGUCCCCUCAAAUGCAUGUCCUGCUUUUUUCCAUGCUGUUUGCAAGAGCUGGAGAUUCAGGCUCCUCCAGGAAACACGGUGGGCUAUGUCAUCCAGCAGUGGCACCCCUUCUUCCCCAAGUUCAUCAUUGAGAAUGAGAACAGGGAAGCCGUCCUCAGACUUCAUGGGCCAUUCUGUGGUUGGAGUUGCCUGCCCGAUGUGGACUUUGAGAUUUUGACCAUGGAUGAAAUCAGCAUUGGGAAAAUCAGUAAACAGUGGACUGGCCUUCUCCGGGAAGCCUUCACAGAUGCAGAUAACUUUGGAAUCCAAUUUCCCAUGGAUCUGGACGUUAGGAUGAAAGCUGUCAUGAUUGGGGCCUGCUUUCUUAUUGACUUCAUGUUCUUUGAGAGUAACAAUUAA